UAUCAUUUUUGCGAAGAUUACGGUAUUAUGCAGAAAAGACUAAACCGGUGAAAUCAAUGAGAGUGAAUCAUGUGAAAAAGACGUUCGCGGAACAACUCAGAAAUACGUAGUAUAAACCAUAGAUUCUUACAUCAUUGAUGUAAAUGAAUCGAAACCGGAAUGACGAAAUUGUACACCUCCCUUCUCGGGUGAGUUUGACUGUAAUCUACCGGAAUCAAUCACGAACAAUCAAUUUUCGUGAUAUUUCUUUCAAAUGGAGCUGACGAAAACGCUUUUCUUCAGCUUUUUCGCUCUAAUAGUCGUCCCUGGAAACGCAGUCGCAAAAAAUUUAUCAGCGGUGAUUCCACCUUCGUACAUCAAAGAAGUUUCUCCCGGUGCUGAUGACGCCACGAAGAAGCCGAUAGAAGUUCAAAUUGCAAUUUACAUCACCGACGUAUCGUCGGUCAAUACAAAAGACAUGGAUUUAAGGUCGCUUGACUUGCUCUUCAGACAAACUUGGCAGGACGACCGACUUUUGCCAGAAAAUGCCAUGAAUCCCGGAGAAAACCAAACUGUGCUGUCUACAUCGUUCUUGGAUAAGAUUUGGAAACCCGAUCCCAUUAUUUUGAAUUCAAAAAAGACAGUUUCAGCACCCGCGACGGAAAUUUUCCUGCGAUGGGAAACCUUCGAUUGCGAAACAGCUGGGGAUCGAUACACGAAUGUCAAUGGACAAUGCAAAGGAGUCGGAAUCAUAGACGACUUGAAAAUGCUGCAGUUCAACCUCAUCACGCCCAUUCCUUUCACCAAGGAAGAAAGCCAUCGAAUGUUGGGCAAACAAGUGGUAUCUUACUCUAGGUUGGUGAUGAAGUUCCAGUUUGAACGGGUAUUGACGCAAUAUAUUGUGCAAACCUUUUUGCCAAGCUUUUUCAUCAUAUGCUUGGCCUGGUUUUCGUUUUUCAUGGGACUCGAUUCGGUGCCUGGACGAGUCACUUUGCUGGUCACAUCGCAACUGACUCUUGUGACCAUGUUUGCGUCGAGUUUAUCUGCUGCGAUUCCUCCUGUCGCAUAUUUGAAAGCAAUCGAUUAUUGGAUGCUGUAUUGCUUGUUUUUCCUGUUUUUGGCACAAAUUGAAUUCGUGGUAGUGAAAGUUCUGGACGUUCUGUAUCGUUAUGAAAGAACCGGAAGCUAUUACAACAACCCUGGAGCAGCAAAUUCGAAGCCGUUGAAGAAGAAGCGUCCGAAAGACGAAUCAGCUUCAAGUUCGCUCCAAUCAUCGUCAUCGUCGACCAGCGGGGCUUUUAAAGGCUUGGCCGGAAUUUUCCGUCGCACGAACACGACAGGAGCAUGGAGUGUCGAUCACGAAGCCAGAAAACAACACCAGGAAGAGAUCAAAUUGCAAUUGGAACAAGAAAACGGUGACACUGAUUACCAGGAUCAGCGGGGAUUCUGCAAUUUGCACUUGGGUUGGAUUGACGAAAAGGGUCGCGAACGGCUGUUGUGGAGAGAAAUCGACAUCGCUUUUCGAUUCAUUUUCCCGAUUUUGUUCGGGAUUUUCAACCUGGUCUUCUGGCCCAUACUGAUCGCAAUAAAAUUCGUCAACGGAGCUCAAAACUUCAGUUUGCUCAUCCCGUCGGAUUACGUCAAAGAAAUUCCUCCGAGGCACAAUUCGACGCAUCCAAUUGAGGUACAAAUUUCGCUCUUCAUCAAUGACUUGAACUCGAUCAAUGUCAAAGACAUGGAUUUCAGAUUCAUUCUGUGCUUUUCUGUGGACAGAGUCGAUAUGAUGCUGAGACAGACUUGGAUUGAUUCUCGACUGAACCCGGAUGCAGUAAUUGAAGCUGGUAAAAAUUUCACAGUCCUUUCCUCGAACGUUUUGUCAAUGCUCUGGCAACCAGAUCCCAUCAUUUCAAAUGCGAAGUCAGUCAGUGUGGCAGAGAUGCUGACCAAAUUCGGAAAUUUGGUUUUGUUCCGAGACAAAAGAAUCACGUACACGCUGAAAUUGGCAGUGUUAUUGUCUUGUCAAAUGGACUUUCGCCAGUUUCCAUACGACGCCCAGAGUUGCCCCUUGUACAUCGAAAUUGGCAGCAACAAAAACGAGUUAGCACUCACUUGGGAAAAGUUCGACUGCCCGAACACGACAAAAAUCGCAGUAGAAGACGAUGAUGAAAUGAACUGCAACCCAGUUGGCAUCAUAAGUCAACUGAAACUGCUUCAGUUCGAACUCAAUGAUGACAUUCCCUUUGGAAGCACGGAGAUCAUCAAGUUCUACGGAAGAGGACUAGCGAACUUCACUCGCCUUUAUCUGACUUUCGAAUUCGAAAGAGUGCUGACGCAAUAUGUUGUGCAAACAUUCGUGCCAAGCAUUUUCAUCAUCUGUUUGGCCUGGUUUUCGUUUUUCAUGGGCAUGGAUUCGGUCCCUGGAAGAGUAACUCUUCUAGUGACAUCUCAACUGACCCUUGUCACCAUGUUCGCAUCUUCUCUAUCAGCUGCGAUUCCUCCAGUAUCUUACCUCAAGGCAAUGGAUUACUGGAUGCUGGUUUGCCUGUUUUUCAUCUUCUUGGCUCAGAUUGAGUUCGUCGUCGCAAAAAUCCUGGACGUUAUGUACAGGUAUGAGAAAACUGGCACCUAUUAUGGUCAGGCUGGUACCAUGAGCAAACCGAACUCUGCCAGUGAUGAUGAUGAUUACAGCAAUGGACGAAGUAUGAAGCAGGUUCCUGAUGCAGAAAAUCCUGUAAGUCGUGGAAAGGAAGACAAACCGCAUGACCAUCAAGCCAGACAUCAUCAAGUUGACAAAAGACACAAGAAACACGCCUUCACAAAAUUCGGCAUGGACGAGGAAACCGCGGAGUCUUCGAAGACCAAUAAUAAGCCAACAAAACGAGCGCAGUCGAAAGGGAUGUUCAGCAGAUUUCUCAUGACAUUUGCCACAACCCCGUUGGAUCGCAGAGCCUUUGUCAGCAGGAAACCCGAAGACGCGCGGACGAUCGACAGCACUGAUUUGAAAAGUGUCACCAGUCGAGGGACAACAAGUUACGAGUCACAACGACGUGAAAGCGACGGAACCAAGUUGAGAUCCAGAAAUACCAACGAUAUGGACAAUAAUUUGGACGACGCCGGAUCUGAUGACGAUGACGGGAUUUCACUCAAGUUGGCCUGGGUCGACGAGGACGGCGACGAGAGGAUUUUAAGAGCUGUUGCAGAUGAAGUGCCGUCCUCGUCCGAGUCGGAACUUCCGCUUCUUCGCGUUCGCUCCCCGAGAUCCAAAUCCGUUUGA